CAGUAAACGGUGCUCACGAUAGAUGUCAGGCGCGAGUCACGUGAAUUAAAUAGUGGAUAUCGUUGCAAAGCUGAAGCGGGGGCGUGCUAAAUUUCGGCUGCUAAAUCUUGUUUGGCUGUCAUUGAUCGGUAUUUAGGACAUAGCGAAACAUGACGGAAUACUGGCUAAUAUCUGCUCCUGGAGACAAAACUUGCCAGCAGACAUGGGAAACGUUAAAUAAUCUGACCAGUAAACAGAACAAUGUAUCUGUAAACUACAAAUUCCAUAUUCCAGACCUGAAGGUUGGGACAUUGGAUCAGCUGGUUGGUUUAUCUGAUGAUUUAGGAAAACUAGACAGUUAUGUUGAACAAGUAACCAGGAAAGUAGCAGCCUAUCUUGGUGAAGUACUGGAAGACCAAAGAGACAAACUCCAUGAAAACCUUCUGGCAAAUAAUAGUGACCUACCUGGAUACAUCACACGUUUCCAGUGGGAUAUGGCAAAGUAUCCCAUCAAACAAUCCUUGCGGAACAUAGCUGACAUCAUCAGUAAACAAGUAGGUCAGAUAGAUGCUGAUUUGAAAACGAAAUCUACUGCUUAUAAUAAUUUGAAAGGCAACCUACAGAAUCUGGAGAAGAAACAGACUGGAAGUCUACUGACACGAAAUCUUGCUGAUUUAGUGAAGAAAGAGCACUUCAUAUUGGAUUCUGAAUACCUUACUACCCUACUGGUUAUUGUACCAAAAAUAAUGUUCAAUGAAUGGAAUCAGAACUAUGAGAAGAUUACAGAUAUGAUUGUACCUCGAUCAAGCCAGUUAAUUUACCAGGACUCAGAUUUUGGCUUGUACACAGUGACUUUGUUCAAGAAAGUUGUGGAUGAAUUUAAACUCCAUGCUCGGGAGAGAAAGUUUGUCGUGAGAGAUUUUACGUACAAUGAGGAAGAACUAUUAGCUGGGAAAAAUGAGAUGACAAAAUUGGUUACAGACAAAAAGAAACAAUUUGGCCCAUUAGUACGCUGGCUCAAAGUCAACUUCAGUGAAUGUUUCUGUGCGUGGAUACAUGUUAAAGCACUCAGAGUGUUUGUAGAAUCUGUUCUAAGGUAUGGGCUGCCAGUGAACUUUCAAGCCAUGCUGCUACAUCCACACAAAAAAAGUACCAAGAGGUUACGAGACCUCUUAAACCAGUUGUAUGGGCAUUUAGACAGCAGUGCUUCACAAGGCCUGGGGGCACAUGACAGUGUGGAGAUACCAGGACUUGGAUUUGGCCAUGCUGAGUAUUACCCAUAUGUUUAUUACAAAAUUAAUGUUGAUAUGGUUGAUACUAAAGUGUAAAAAGCUUUUCUGUAAUAUUGCCAACUCAUUACGGAUAGUAUUAUGUACAGCAAAUAAGGGAAGUUGGUAUGUGUUCGUUUUUUUUUAAAUGUAAAAGCUUCUCCAGAACAUUCCACAUUGUAUCAGACAUUAUUUCUGUGUAGAUGGCACAGUGCUGCCAGUAUUCUUGUAGUAGUGACAUUCAGUCUUCCACUGGAACGUUAGUAUUUAAAAUAAAUUGUAUGUUAGAUCAUCUGAAAUGCAGCAAGCUGAAACUGUGUGUACAUUGUCUGUAGCACAACUUCAAGUUUUUACUUCCAGGAAGCUUUUAACUUUAAACCUAAAAAAGAAAUGCUCUCCAUGCAUCUGCCUUGCCGUUGAGAUAUCAAACGUUAAUUAUUUGUUAUUGGAAUAUUUUAUAAUCAAAUAACAGUAGUACUUUAACUUCCCAAAGGAAAGGAACUGGAUUCCAAAUUGGAUCACCCUUCUUCUCUCUCUUAAUUACAGUUUUAUCUUAUGUUUAUAUUUAUUGCAUAAUUUACUAGAUUUUAUUGAAGACCAUACCACAUUGCCAAUAAAAACUAAAACAUGCUUCAACUUGUCAUAUAUGAUCACUCAGUUUUAGUUACUAACUACAAAAAAGUGUCUCCCAUAGUCAGCAGUAUGCAGAGCAUUCUUUUUUAUUGGAAGUGUGUACAUAAAAAUAACUUGACAGUUAUGAGGGAUUUGUGUUACAACUCAGUGUGGAGUGCUGGAGGAAGUUAUAUGGUAGGGCACCUUUCUCCUUAUGUAAUAUAUUGUAGAUAUUUUAAAUUUUGUUGUUACUUGUUGUAGAAGCGAUGUUUAGACUGUUCAUUAGUGCUCCGGUGCCUGGAUCCAGUACAUGGAUAACUGUUGGUUUUGGUCAGGACUAAUUUAUUGUAAAUUUUUGGUAAGCGCAAGAGUACAGCCAUGAAGUCAAGUGUGUAAGAUAUGGUUGCAAGUUAAAUGUUUUAUCUCUGAUCAUUGAAGUCCCUCUUUCCGUGGGUAUGUUACCCAUAGAUUGUACAGUGAAGAAUUUGUGGUUCUGUUCAUUCAUUUGUAAAUAACAUUCCAAGUUGUGAAGUAAAUAUGCAAUGCCAGUGUUGUCAAUAAAUUAAAGAGAUUUCCUGAAUA